UAGUCAAUUACAAAAAUAUUCAAUAGCUGCAGCCCUACUUGACACUCAGCUUUAAAGAGAUAAAUUGAGGGGUUAAACCACCUAAUAGCUCCCGAGCGCAACCACUGCUGCAGCUCACCGCUCAUCUAGGGGAUGGGUCAAAUGCAGCGAUGUAAUUUAUGUCACCAGUAUGUGAUGGUGACUGAUGGGACUUAUUUGUGCUUUUUGAUAUUGAGAGCCAAAAAGCUCGCUGAUGAAACAUUGUGCGAGGUUUAGUUUAAGAGCAACGAGUCAUUUUGUUGUACUUUUCUGCCUUUUACGUUAUAACCACAUCAAACCACCUCACAAGGCUGCGAUUUUCAGAGUUUACAAGCAAGAGAAUGUAAACAAUCCUUUUAGUAUGAAACUAUGCUCUCAGUGCCGUUUUUAAUCCAUCCACAAAGAGUCCAACCUAUGAUUUAGAGACGGUAGAAUGUCGAGGCUGCAGCGUGGAAGCCACAACGAUCCGAAGGGUCAAAGAUUCAGGAAGUCAGUCUGGAAAAAUCAUGAUUGGUUUUGAGUUCAGGGAUGUGUUUUCCUUUGCUUUCUUUUCAGAGACAUUGGAAAAGGGUAGAAAAGGGGCAGCCAGACUGGAGAAAGUUCUUCUCCUUUGGUCCUUAUCUCUGCAGGACCACAGAUGAGUGUAUUUGUCUUUUAAUAAGGGAGGUAAAGACGCUGUGAUCUUUUAAGAGUUAGAAGAAGAACAGAAAGCUGGGAUCACAGAGUUCAGAGUUGGACUGGCUUACAGAGGCAGGAUGCCAAAAACUCUGGUAUACAUUUGUGUGUGUGUGUGUGCAUGGAUUAUAAUGGCAUGAGGCUAGGCGCCAGGGUGGACAAAUGUGUGUGUAUAAGAUGUUGGGUGAAGCACACACUCCUCUGUUGGCACAGUCAUGGACAAACAAAAGUCUUCUGGAUUCCUGUGGGGUUUCUGGCGCGGUGCGUGUGUGUACGUGUAUGUGCACGAGCAUGCUGUGCAAAAGGAGACAGCAGUAGCUAGGUAAAGAUGGCUGCAGAGUUAAGGCACGCUUUGCUGAUGAUCUGGGAUCAGCUUACCAACCUCAGAUCCAAUUAUCUUAACCGUUAAGACCGAAAAUCGUCGCUGACUUGAGAUCGUCCAUCUGUCAUGCUGUGUUUUGUUGUUUUCUUUCUCCCCACACAUGCUGCGUGGUUGCCAACAAGUGAACUUCAAGAAUGUGACAAAGGAUGAAAGAAAGCUAGGGCAGUGGAAAAAUCUGUGCUUUUUAGGCUGAUUUGUAAAAAUUUCCACAACAAAUGGGCUUGUUUUGGUUCCAGAAUACUUCCAAAUGUUGCUAUCACCAAAUAAUAAACAGAGGAGGGCUGGUAUUAUGUGAUCAAGUGUGAUUAUUGUCACAGACAAUGGUAAGUCUCGCCUUUUGUGUGACGGAGCCGCUCAAACAGAUAUUUUCACAAUCGCUGAACGCAGUUUAAACAUCAACCAGAUUCCCAGAGCAUGAGGUGGGCUGACAGGGAAUAAUAGCAGGAAAUGUGUAACACUACAGGAGGCAUUAGCAGAUAUGACUUUGUCUUUGUGUUUACUGAAGGAUAGGCAGUUACCCGUGGCAGCAUCGACGGUGUGAGCUCAGAUACUGGUCGUCAUGCCUCCCACCACUCCUCAUGCAGGGAAGUUCAACUCCUGCCCUCCUUACAGUAACAACAACCAUCCUCAGCCUCAGAGCCCGUACCGAAGCCACACCGCGCCGAAGCCUUCGAGGGAGAACGUGUACAACGGGGCCUACUCCGUGGCCGAAAACCCCUACGAUGUACCGCAGCCUCACGCUGCCUAUCGCAGCUGCUCGGUUUCCUCUGUGAAUGCGAAUGAGCACCAUUACAGCAGCAGCUGUGCCAUUUCGGGGAACCCAUACUCUUUGCCGCAGCCCCAAAGCCCUCGCCAGCACAGCACUUCCUGUCCGGGCCGGGCGUACCGUCACACGAGCAACUGCAGCAGCAGCAGCAGCAGCGACCAGUCCUGCCGUAACAGCGGGUCCUCAGCAAAAGCUCGGCUUUGUGGGCACAGCAUCACUGCCAGCUAUGGGGAGAUGUGUUACCAUGACAACAGUUUGGUUUCAGCUUCGCUCGAGGCGCUGAUCCAGCACCUGGUUCCUACAGUGGACUACUACCCUGAUAGGUCAUACGUGUUCACCUUCCUGCUGAGUUCACGCCUCUUCCUGCACCCCUAUGAGCUGAUGACGAGGGUUUGUCACCUGUGUGUGGAGCAGCAGCGGUCCGGAGAUGCUCUGCUGGAUAAGAUCCGCUUUCGUGAGGUGGCACCUAAACUGGUCCAGCUUUUGACGGAGUGGACAGAGACGUUUCCGUACGACUUCAGAGACGAGAGGAUGAUGCGUUGCCUUAAAGACAUGACGCUCCAAGUGGCUCGAGGGGAUGAGUAUUCCUGGAGGGCCAUGCAGCAGAUGACCCAGCGUCUCAUCAAGCGCCUGUCUGCUCUGGGUCAGUAUGAGGAGGCCGUGGCGGCGCUCAACGCCGUGGCACAGGAGCGUCCCACCUCUCUGAAAAGCAAACAGACGUCAGCUCAGCGGAGCGAUAUUCUGAGCGUGUGCGAUGAUCCCUUCAUCCUCGCUCAGCAGCUAACACACAUCGAACUGGACAGACUGAGCUUCAUCGGCCCGGAGGAGUUCAUACAGUCAUUCGCUAUGAAGGAUCCUCUGGAGAACCACAAGGGUUUCUUCCGAAAACGUAAAACCAGCAACCUGGAGGCCUAUGUCAACUGGUUCAACAGGCUGAGCUUCCUGGUGGCUACUGAGAUCUGUAUGCCAGUGAAGAAGAAACACCGAGCGCGGAUCAUCGAGUUCUUCAUCGAUGUCGCUCAGGAAUGCUUCAACAUUGGCAACUUCAACUCUCUGAUGGCCAUCAUCACUGGGAUGAACAUGAGUCCUGUCGCCAGGCUGAAGAAGACCUGGAACAAAGUCAACACAGACAAGUUUGAAAUCCUGGAGCACCAGAUGGACCCGUCCAGUAACUUCAGUAACUAUCGCACGGCGCUACGCGGCGCCACCCAGAGGUCUGAGACUGCACACAGCAGCCAGGAGAAGAUUGUGAUCCCAUUCUUCAGCCUGCUCAUUAAAGACAUCUACUUCCUGAAUGAAGGCUGUGCCAACAGGCUGCCUAAUGGACACAUCAAUUUUGAGAAACUGUGGGAACUGGCAAAGCAGGUGAGCGAGUUUCUGGUCUGGCGUCAGGUCAUUUGCCCUUUCGACAGAGACCGCCGCAUCCUUCAGUAUCUUGUCACCACGCCCGUUUUCACUGAAGACGAGCUGCAUUUGGCUUCAUAUGAGAGCGAAGGACCGGAGAACAACAUGGAGAAAGACAGUCGGAGGUCCCUCAGGUCUUCCCUUCUCCAUCGAGAGAAUCGAUCUUAAGACUUCUUCCACCAUACCGGUUUAGAAAUAAGAGGCUACACUUCUUAUUCCUGUGGACAGCAUUUGCAUCCUGGACUUAGACUCUGCUCUCUGGGACGAUGGAUGUAGUUCAGACAUCUUUACAAGAAGUUUGCAUGAGUCAUGAAUCAGAAACUUAGACCAGUGUCGGUGACGACGUGACUUAUUUUUAUGGACGAAGAUCACUUUGGAACAUUGUUAUCCAGAACAACUCCGGCUUGUUCGACUAAAGUCACUAGUGGGAUAUCAACGUGGAUUUCUGUUUGCACCACUGGUUCUGAGGUCCUCCCGAUUUUGAAGUUUUAAUUCAAAAAGAGACCGUUAUGGAUCUGAGGAACAUCACUACUCACACGAUACAUCUGGACACCAUAGAAACAGAUAAUUAGAUGAGCUGAUUGAAACUUCGUAUGAGGUAUAAAUUCAAGGCUCUAAAGUGUUUUGUCAUAACCUCGGGUCGAUCAAGCCUUCCGUUUGUCAGCUCAUAAUGAAAAUCAGAGCAGCAGCAGCAAACUCCGUGUUCAGCGUUUCAUCUGCAUUAGAACAUCUGGUGACGUCUGUAUUCACCAGAACUGUACACGCGGCAGCAACAUCGUGCAAACUAAAAUGAAAUGCACUUCAGUGAGUUUCUGUGUUUUUAUAGGUGGCUGAUCUGUAUGAGUCUUUAUGGCAUAAAACUGUAUUUUGUAUCAGAAGCUUAAAACUUUUUUAAAUCACUGAGUUUCACAAUGAGCUUGUUGCUGGUUGGCUGGCUCUGUGACAUAAAGCUAUCACACUAGUUUGUAUGUAUUAUGUAUAUAAAAAAAAAGUAUUUCUGGUCAGACUGAAGCACAAACGUGUGUGUGUUUGUGCAGCAUAUAUGUAAAAACAACUAACUCCUACCCACCUGCUAUCAUGUGAGAGUUGUAAUAGCCAGCUUUGUGCGAGAGUCAUUUUAUUGUUUAUUUUUAAUAUUUUUGUGUAUCUUUUGUGCUCGCAGAGGGUACUUGUGCUAAUAAUUCUUGUGACUUUUUGUUUAAAUAAACAGAAUGUGUUUUGAUAUUUUCUAUUAAUAAAAAGUUACUGUAUCAAUGUCA